AUGGCAGGGAAACGCAAAGCCAAACAGCUCGUGGUCCCGGAUAUCGCCGAGGAUGCGGCGGAGCGCAAGCGCGUUCUGAAUAUCCUUGCACAGCGACGUUAUCGUCAACGGAAAAAGGAUCAUCUGCAUGCACUAGAGUCGCGGGCUAAGAGUCCCUCAGGACGUCCAGUUUCGACUCAUGAUACUUCUUCGGCAUCAUCUUUAUCAUCGAUGUCUUUUGAUGUGCUUGAUAAUAUUUACCAGACUUUGAAUCGUCAGGAGGACCAAGAAUCUAAUGUCCAAGUAAUGGCGGAUCAAAAUGGGGAGUGCACUCCACCGCAAAUAAUCACCUCGGACCCGUUCGUUCAAUUCGUCUCCACCACAGCACCUCAAUCGGAUAUAGGCCUAUCCAUAAUUCCAGAUGACUCUUUUCUGCCACCUUUCGACUUCUGGCCAGAUCCUGAAACACGAAUUCCACAGAAUGAGGGGCCUGUAGAAACCCCUUCCCACCAAAGUGUUAGCACCAAUCGCAACGACAGACUGGACAUCUCCACGGCUCUCCAAACCAGCGAGACAUCAAGUUUCUCAUUCCCCGACGACAGAAUACUCGAGGUCCCAUCCCUGAUGCUCCUCAAUGCAGCGACAAAAGUUGCCUACCGACUGAAUCUGGCUCAUCUCAUUUGGGAUCUCUCAGCAAUCAGCCCAUUCUAUCGACCUCGCGAGUCGUCGAACCCCUCUACCUCUCCGCUCUCUUUAGGGAAUUCCUCUACCCCGGCAUCCUCAUUAGCCUCAACACCUAGUGUCUCUGUCUCGGACCCUGACCAUAACCAUAACCAUAACCCCAACACUGACAACCCCGAUCUAACCACCCUCCCCCCUCACCUCCAACCCACACUAACCCAGCGUCUAAUCCCUGAUCACCCGGUCCUCGACCUCCUCCCCUGGCCCGGCACGCGCGAUAAACUAAUCCAAGUAUUUAAUCUCCCAGAUCACCUUCGGCCCAAGAGCGCGCAGGACCCAAUGGGUCUGACGAGACUGGUCUACGACAUGGAGGAUAUCGGCGGGGAGGGAAUCAAAGUGUAA